AUGGAGGCUGGCUCAGUGGUUCGAGCCAUCUUUGACUUCUGCCCUAGCGUAUCAGAAGAACUCCCACUCUUUGUGGGAGAUAUUAUUGAGGUGUUGGCAGUGGUGGAUGAGUUUUGGCUUCUAGGGAAGAAAGAGGAUGUUACAGGACAGUUCCCCAGUAGUUUUGUGGAAAUUGUGACCAUCCCCAGCCUAAAAGAGGGAGAGAAGCUGUUUGUCUGUAUCUGUGAAUUUACAUCCCAAGAAUUGAACAGCCUUUCCCUCUAUCGAGGUGACCUAGUGAUUCUCGAUGGCGCUCCCACGGCCGGCUGGCUGCAGGGCCGAAGCUGCUGGGGUGCCCGCGGCUUCUUCCCAUCCUCGUGCGUGCGGGAGCUGUGCCUGUCCUCGCGGAGCCGGCGGUGGCACUCACAGAGCGCCCUGCUGCAGAUCCCCGCCUACUCCAUGGGCCAGGCCCGGGCACUGAUGGGGCUCUCUGCCCAGCUGGAUGAGGAGCUGGACUUCCGAGAAGGGGAUGUGAUUACCAUUAUUGGCGUUCCUGAGCCAGGCUGGUUUGAAGGGGAACUAGAGGGUCGAAGAGGCAUUUUCCCAGAAGGUUUUGUAGAGCUUUUGGGGCCCCUGAGGACUGUGGAUGAGUCGGUAAGUUCUGGAAAUCACGGUGACUGCAUUAUAAAUGGGGAAGCAGGUGCCCCUGCAGGAGAAGAGAGAGGGCCGGAAGAGGAGGACGAGCAGCCAGGGGCCUAUGGAAUUGCCCUGUACAGAUUCCAGGCCCUGGAGCCGAAUGAAUUGGAUUUUGAGGUAGGCGAUAAGAUCCGAAUUCUGGGGACCCUGGAAGACGGCUGGCUGGAAGGAUCACUGAAGGGCAGGACAGGCAUCUUUCCUCACCGGUUUGUAAAGUUAUGUCCUAAAACAAAGGUGGAGGAGGCCGGGGACCUGCCACAGGAAAGCGGCCUUGCCAGGGUACCUGAGAAGUCUGUGGAUUGCUCAGAAAACUCCUGGGUACUGGAGGGGAAAGGACAUGAAUCUCAUGAGUGUGAAGCAGAGACAUCCAACUGUGUUAUUUCUGAAACAUAUGCUUCUCCCCUGGAUCAUCUGACCUCUGACUGUGAAGUAAACAAAAUCUCUCCCUGGGAGAAAGACCCCUCCAGGGGGCCGCUGAGAGGCGCAGCCGCAGGCGCAGGGCUCGAACAGCCUCUCGCCAAAGACUCCACGCAGGAUCCUUCAGAGGUGGUCAAUGGUGUUUCCUCCCAACUGCAGAAAAAACAGUAUUAUUCCAGAGCAGGAGGGAGCCACCCAAGCUCAGAGCAGUUCUCUGACCCUUUUCCUCUAGAAGCAAGGACUAGAGACUAUUCCAGCCUGCCUUCCAGAAAAACAUGCUCCCAGCCGAAAACCCUUCCGAAGCGAGCCUCUCCUGCGCGCAGCAGCUCUUCUCCCUCAGCUCCGCGGGCGGUCAGACCUCGCCAGCCCAGCCCUCCGCCCCAGGGCACAGCAAGGCAUACCAGAAAGCACCACCCACCCCAAGAGAACAGUGCCUCCCACUUCUGUUCAGAGACGAAGCCUGGUCUGCCGGACAAGGCGCCAGCCAUGGAGGCGUUGGCCCCUCCACAGGGAGACGGCCACAUUGACCUGGAUUCGAAGUUGACACAACAGCUGAUAGAGUUUGAGAAGAGCUUGUCAGGGUCCGGCACAGAACCAGAUAAAAUGCUGCGGCAUUUUUCAAUCCUUGACUUUAGCUCGGAGAAGGACAUUGUCCGUGGUUUCUCAAAGCCAAUCAGCCAGCAGGAGCUGCCUGAGAGGAGAAAGGCCCUAAGGCCACCGCCACCCCGUCCCUGUACUCCAGUCCCCACUUCUCCCCAUUUGCUGGUGGACCAGAACCUGAAACCUGAGCCGCCCUUGGCGGUGCGGCCCUCGCGCCCAGCUCCCCUGCCGCCCCCAUCACAGCAGAGACCGAACGCGGUGCCACCCAAGCUAACCUACAGCCGGCCCAGCUGUGAGCCCCUGGAAAAGGAGGCCCCUGAGAGUACGGAAAAGACUUUGGGCCAAACUUCCCAUUGUCCAUUAGUACUGGCGAGAAUUCGGGAAAUAGAACAUGACUUGGAUAUGUACAGCAGGGCUCAAGAAGAGCUAAACUUAAUGCUGGAGAAGCAAGAGGAGUCCUUAAGGGCAGAGACCCUUGAGAAUCUUGAAUUCUACGAGAGACACAUCGAAACUUUGAAUAUGGAAGUCCAGCAACUUAGAGAAAUGACGCUCCUCUCCUCCCAGUCUUCGUCUCCGGUGGCUCCUCCUGGGCCCGUGUCCACUGAAAACCCGGAGCAGAGGAUGCUGGAGAAGAGAGCCAAGGUGGUAGAAGAACUUCAUCAGACGGAACGAGACUACAUUCGGGAUCUGGAGAUGUGCAUUGAGCGGAUCAUGGUACCCCUGCAGCAGGCACAGAUACCAAACAUUGAUUUUGAGGGACUUUUUGGAAAUAUGCAGAUGGUGAUAAAGGUCUCAAAGCAAUUAUUGGCCGAUCUGGAAAUCAGCGAUGCUGUAGGAGCUGUGUUCCUUGAUCACCGCGAUGAGCUUGAGGGAACAUACAAGGUUUACUGCCAGAAUCACGAUGAGGCCAUCUCGCUGCUGGACAUCUACGAGAAGGACGAGAAGAUCCAGAAGCAUCUCCAGGACUCGUUGGCAGAGCUUAAGAGCCUGUACAACGAAUGGGGAUGCACAAAUUAUAUUAACCUGGGCUCCUUCCUCAUCAAACCUGUACAGCGAGUAAUGCGUUACCCACUGCUGCUGAUGGAGCUACUGAAUUCCACCCCAGAAUCCCACCCGGAUAAAGGGCCUUUGACCAAUGCAGUCCUUGCAGUCAAGGAAAUCAACGUCAACAUUAAUGAAUAUAAACGUCGAAAGGAUUUGGUUCUCAAGUACCGGAAGGGCGAUGAAGAUAGCCUCAUGGAGAAGAUUUCUAAACUGAACAUCCACUCCAUCAUCAAGAAAUCCAACCGAGUUAGCAGUCACCUGAAGCACCUCACCGGCUUUGCUCCACAGAUAAAAGAUGAAGCAUUUGAAGAAACAGAAAAGAACUUCCGCAUGCAAGAAAGGUUGAUCAAAUCGUUUAUCCGAGACCUGUCCCUCUACCUCCAGCACAUCCGGGAGUCGGCCUGUGUGAAAGUGGUGGCCGCUGCCAGCAUGUGGGACGUGUGCAUGGAGAAGGGACACAAGGACUUGGAGCAGUUCGAGAAGGUGCAUCGCUACAUCAGUGACCAGCUCUUCACAAAUUUUAAGGAGAGGACAGAGCGGCUUGUCAUCUCCCCCCUGAAUCAGUUACUGAGCAUGUUUACAGGGCCCCACAAGCUGGUGCAGAAGCGCUUUGACAAGCUGCUGGACUUCUACAACUGCACAGAACGGGCGGAGAAGCUGAAGGACAAGAAGACUCUGGAGGAGCUGCAGUCAGCCCGGAACAACUACGAGGCCCUGAACGCGCAGCUGCUGGAUGAGCUGCCCAAGUUCCACCAGUUGGCCCAGGGCCUCUUCACCAACUGCAUUCACGGCUACGCCGAGGCCCACUGCGACUUCGUGCGCCGGGCUCUGGAGCAGCUGGAGCCGCUGCUCUCGUUACUGAAAGUCGCCGGCAGAGAGGGAAACCUCAUUGCCGUCUUCCAUGAAGAGCACAGCAGAGUUCUGCAGCAACUCCAGGUUUUCACCUUCUUCCCAGAGGCUCUUCCAGCCACCAAGAGGCCAUUUGAGAGGAAGACCAUGGACCGGCAGUCUGCCCGGAAGCCGCUCCUGGGCCUGCCAAGUUACAUGCUGCAGUCGGAAGAGCUGCGGGCCUCUCUCCUGGCAAGGUAUCCCCCAGAGAAGCUCUUCCUCGCAGACCGGAACUUCAACGCUGCCCAGGACCUGGAUGUCUCGCUUCUGGAAGGCGACUUGGUGGGCGUGAUCAAGAAGAAGGACCCCAUGGGCAGUCCGAACCGCUGGCUGAUUGACAAUGGAGUCACCAAAGGCUUUGUGUACAGCUCCUUCCUGAAGCCCUACAACGCCCGUCGCAGCCACUCCGACGUCUCUGUCGGCAGCCACUCCUCCACCGAGUCAGAGCACAGCGGCUCCUCCCCGAGGGUCCCCCGGCAGAACAGCAGCAGCACCUUGACCUUCAACCCCAGCAGCAUGGCUGUCUCCUUCACAUCCGGGCCUAGCCGAAAACAGCCUCAAGAUACAUUUUCAUCGAAGGAACUUGACCAAGGAGCUCUUGACGCUUCCUUAAACGUGGGGAGUCCAGAGAGCAGUCCUUCCAGCUGCCCUUCCGACCCGAGCUCCACCUCCCAGCCCAGGCCCUGGGACUCCGCAGAUGUGGCCCGAGACGUGGACCAGCCUGCCCCCGCCCCGAGGAGCUACCGAAGCUCCAGGCAUCCAGAAACGGCUGCCUGCUCCGUCCCAGGGCGAAACGGGCAGGGGAAGGACCUCGUCAAAGGAUGUGCAAGAACGGCCCAGUCUCCGGAAGACAGACACGAGCCAGAAAGCAGUGAGGCCGAAGGCAACCAGGUCUAUUUUGCUGUCUAUACCUUCAAAGCACGGAACCCAAAUGAGCUGAGUGUGUCAGUCAAUCAGAGACUGAAGAUCCUGGACUUUAAAGAUGUGACAGGGAACACAGAAUGGUGGCUGGCCGAAGUUAGUGGGAAGAAGGGCUACGUUCCGUCCAAUUAUAUUCGCAAAACUGAGUACACCUGAGCUGGUCCGCUUCCCACUCGGCCUGCUGCCCACACCUCCUGCUGGAGGGGCCUGGUGGUCCGCCAAGGGGCACCUGCUCCGGAGACACGGGCCCGUCCGUACUGCUUACCCAUGCCGCAGGGGGCACAAGGCACGUCUUGUUCUCCUCGACUGGGUUCUCAGCCUUGAUGCUCACUAGAAUUUCUAGAAUUUGCAGUGAACCCUAGGGUUUGAAAAUAAUUUCGUGACCAUAAGAAGAGUGGCACGUCCCUCUGGGGUCAGCCUGUGGAAAUGAGAAAUGUCCCAUCAGAAGACCAGUGUCCUGUGCAUGCGGGGAGCUAUGCAAUAGCGUUAGAAGAUGUUGGCACUGGUUGUGCCGUAUGGAUUUUGGGGUGGCCCCAUGCGUCACGAUCACUUGACAGAAACUAGCUUGAUGAAGAGAAUUCUCCGGAAGCCCUUGAGGCUGUGCCCCUCCUUGUGGUGAGGAGUUCACGGAGCUUGUAUCAGUUCUGGUGUUUCAGAGCCUCGGUGCCUGGCGCACACGCUCACAUAUAUGCCCACUGCAGUUCCCAAUCAUCCUGAAAACACUACCUUGUGUGAUCUUUUCCUUCUUUUGCUGCAUUUCCAGAUUGGUUGUGCAACGUUGGACUGCUUUCUUUCUCCUUUUGAAAAGCAUUUAGUGUCUUUAUUUUUCUUCGAUCUUUAUCCGAAAGGUUCUUGUUUCUUUGAGGUGCAGUCGUCUACACCUUUCUGCCAGUUCAUCCCUACUGUAUUCAGCCUGUGUGUGAUCAUCUCUCUGGGCCCUCUCUUCUGCUGCCCAAUAACUGAUAGAUUUUCUGAGAACAGGGUCAGAGCUCCAGCCAUUCUGUUAAAAGGAUUUGCUCUAGCCCUGGUCAGUGUGACUCAGAGGUUAGAGUGU